ACUAAGGUAUUAUUAAUUGUACGUGCAUAAUGCUCCCACACAACUCAUUUGUAUAUGCACACGUAUGCUUGUUUACAUAUGUUUGCAGCAACAUAACAGCGAGAAUUUUUGUCACUCCUUUUGUGUGACUCUUUCGCUUGUGCAUGCAUAUGGACAUCCAUCGAAAAUAUUAGCAUAAGUCUAAUCAUUGUACCUAAUUACAUUUUUUACAUUAAAUAAUUUAGUCUACGGCUGACCACCAAGGCGACACGUUUGAUUUCCUCGUUCUUCUUUCAAUUUAAUUACAUAGCCCAAAUUCUCAUAUAAGUCAUUGUUGUUUCGUUGAACUAACGCGGUUGGGAAAAACUCUUCCUGAUCCUACAUUUUUUGGCGCCCAACGUGGGGCUAGUGUUUUAAAUUGAUUUAGAAGUUUCGGAUGAAUUAAAUAAAGUGUAAUUUAAUUUAAUAAAGAAAUUUGUACCCGGCUAUCUAACAUAAGUCUUUCGUGAUUCGAAUUCUUGGUGGUCAUCAAAAGGCUCGCGCAUAAUAAUCAUCGUCAUCAUUAUCGCUGGAGGAUCGCAUCGUUGUACAACUUAGUUGGACAUUUCUUCGCAAUAAGUUGCAGAGGCUUGGACACCGCAUUGCUCAGAAUUGAACGCCGUCGCUUCUGCCAUCGUUGCUGUUCGCUGCCACUGCGAACGUUUGUCGUCUCUUCUACUCUCGCACUACACUGCAAAUACUUGAUUCGCUGUCGCUGCUACUGCUCGCUGCUCCUCUUCGCUGCUUAGCUAUCAAUAUCGCUGAUACGCUAAUACGUCGCUUGUAUGUGAUCACGCAUCACAUUGCAUCGCUGCCGCUGCCGCUGCAUUUGCAAUUCUUUCGUCGCUUUUAUUUGGUCACACCACCGCUAUCGCUUACUCGCAUUUCGCUGCAGUUUCCAACAUAUUCGUUUAUACCCAACGAACCAUUCGAACGGGAUUCUGGAUUCAAAGCAAUCUAAUCGCAAGUAUAAAACUAUUUAUAUUAUACUCAUUCGUCGUUAUAUCGCAAACUUUACAUAUAUCGUUUUCUAACAAACGUACAAUUUAUUUUUGGAAUUUUUUCGUAAAUUGUUGAACAUUUUCAACAUGUCUUUGGAAGAGCUCAAACAACAACGAGCUAAUAUUAAGAAAAAUAUUUCUCGCAUAAAAAACAUUGUCGAGGCCAGUCUACGGCCAGGUGCUAAAAUACUUUCAGUAGCCGAAUACAGAUGCCGACUUGGUAUUCUGGAAUCUUAUUUAAAAAAUGUGUUGUCUACACAGACUGAAAUUGAAAGGAUAGAUCCUGAGGAAUGCGGUCGCAUGGAUCUUGAAGAGCUGUAUAUAACCACAAAGUUAAUUAUUCAGUCUCAAGUUACUGAGGAUUCCAACACCACACUCUCAGACACCACUUGCGUAAUGCAGGCAGGAUCGAAGCUGCCCAAACUCAAACUUCCUACAUUCACCGGCAAGUACUCUGAAUAUCAAAACUUCAUAACUUCCUUUCAGGAAAUUAUUGAUCGAGAAUAUAGCUUAUCUAACAUAGAGAAAUUUAAUCAUCUACGCAACUGUCUCAAUGGACCGGCAUUAGAAACUAUUGACGCCUUUCAAGUUUCCAAUGAAAACUAUUUGAAGGCAUUGGAAAGACUCAAAACUCGAUAUGACAACCCAACUCUCAUAUUUUUAGAAAAUAUUUCCUCUUUAUUUGAGCUUUCGUCUAUUUCGAAGCCUAAUGGCGGUCAGUUGAGAAGUUUAAUUGAUAAGGCAUCUGCCAUUUACGGCUCGUUAUUGUCAUUGGGAACUGAAAGCCAAAUUUCACAAGCUAUGCUUAUUUAUUUAGUUUUACAAAUGGUAGGAGUCUCUGGACUUUAAAACUUUGCCGAGCUGGGAAAAUUGCACCCACAUUUUGAAGAGACAUUGCCAAUACCUCGACUCAAUUGAUAACGCUCACACCGUUGGAUUUGUACACCAAAGCACUACCAACACGCAUAAAGCAAAACCUUCACGUAAAGGCUAUUCGUUUUCUUGUUCCAGCACUUGUUAUUCGGUGUGUUCCAGCAACAAUCAUAAAAUACACAACUGCGACCGUUUUAAGGCACUUAGUGUGUCGCAACGCUUUGACCAUGCAAAAAAGAUGGGUCUCUGUAUUAACUGCUUAUCAAGGGGACAUCAGUUAUCGAACUGCGCAUCAACUCAUAAGUGUAAGAUUUGUAAUCGUCAACACCAUACCUUGUUACAUCGUAGAAAUUCGCCAGAUUCAUCAAAUUCUACUUCGACAUCCGCUGUUCAUACACACAUGAACAAUUCGUCAUCGUUUGACAACAUCAUCCUCGCCACAGCAGAGGUUCUAGUUCGCGACGUUUCCGGAAGCUAUCAUCUUGGCCGAGCUUUGCUGGAUUCAUGCUCACAAGUAAAUUUCAUAACUGAAGAAUUUUCACAAAAACUGAUGCUUCCACGUAGCAAACACAACAUAGAGACUGAAAGUAGUGGUAAGUCCUCUACCAAUAUCAAGUAUAAAACUUCCACAAAUAUUAAGUCGCAAGCAACAAGCUUGGAGUUACCUCUCGAUUUUUGCAUUACGUCGCACAUCGCCUAUCAUACAGAACCGGAGAUAGAUACAUUUACCAGUCAUAUUCCUCCAAAUAUUAUACUUGCUGAUCAUUAAUUUAAUAAAUCGAGGAAAAUUGAUUUACUCUUGGGGACAGAGAGCUUCUUUAGUUUACUUUCUGUAGGACAAAUUAAACUUGGUAAUAUUCUUCCGAUUUUACAGAAAACGUUAUUAGGAUGGGUCGUUUCGGGACGCUAUCGAGCAAGCACUAACGCGCUUAAUGCCAAAUGCUUGUUUGCUUGUGAGGAGUCUAUAGAUUUAAAGUUGGAAAAAUUGUGGCAAAUUGAAGAAAUUACAACAAAGCCGAACGUGUGGACACUUGAACAGCACAGCUGUGAAAAAUUAUAUAAUGACACCGUUUCUCGAAGUCCUAACGGUAGGAUCAUAGUGAACAUACCGUUCAAAGAUGACCCUUCUUGCUUGGGUGAAUCUUAUAAUACAGCUUUGCGACGAUUUAAUGCGCUAGAACGCCGAUUGCAACAGUCCCCUAUGCUCAAGAAAGAAUACGUAGCCUUCAUGGAUGAAUAUGAGAGUCUAGGCCACAUGGAAGCACUAUGCAAUCCAAAAUUGGAGGAACCUCACUCACUCCCUCAUCACUGCGUUUUGAAACCAAACAGCACUACAACGAAAUUGAGAGUUGUAUUUGAUGCAUCUUGUCAAACAACUACGCAAAAAUCGAUAAAUGACAUUCAAAUGGUUGGACCUACAAUUCAAAGCGAACUUGUAAUUACCUUGCUUCGUUUUCGUUUACAUCGAUUCGCUCUUACUGUAGACAUCGUUAAAAUGUAUAGGCAGAUACUAAUCAAUGAGGAACGUCGAAGGUUCCAACACAUUUUGUAGAGGAGUGCGCCUCAAAGGAAUAUUCAGACAUUUCAACUCAAAACUGUCACCUACGGAAUGGGAGCCGCACCCUAUCUUGAUGUGCGUAGUCUACACUACCUCGCGGAUCAGUAUGUGUCGCAAUUUGUCGUUGGGUCAGAUGUCGUCAAAUCAUAAUUCUAUGUCGACGAUCUGCUGUGUGGAGCUGACUCACUUGCGGAGCUAUCAAGGAUAAAACAUGAGGUAGCAGAGUUGCUAAAAUUAGGUGGAUUUGAGCUGUCAAAAUGGCAUUCCAACCACCAAAGUUUCAGAGUCGAACACAAGGAUUUAAAUCUUGAUACUUCUGUCACCAGUGCUCUUGGCCUUAAAUGGGAUCAAAUUAAAGAUCAUUUUAUGUUUUCAUUUCUACCAAAGCAGCCAAUAAAUGGAACCCUCACUAAAAGGACAAUUCUAUCCAUCGCCUCAUCGCUCUUUGACCCAGCACCAGUAAUCGUUACCGCUAAAAUUCUACUUCAGGAACUGUGGUUGCUGAAAAUUGAAUGGGAUGAAUCGGUCCCACAAAACAUCGCAUCGGCAUGGCAAACUUUUGUCAACAAUCUCUCGAAUUUACCUUCUGUUAGAAUUUCAUGGUAUUGUUUAUCUGCCAACAUGAAGUCUUUACAAAUACAUGGAUAUUGUGAUUCUUCGAUACGUGCUUACGGCUGCGGAAUAUAUACACGCAUAGUUGACAAUGUUGGUAAUGUUAGCGUUCGCCUGUUUACGGCAAAAUCACGAGUGGCACCUACUAAACGACAGUCACUCCCAAAAUUGGAACUUUGCGGUGCACAACUACUUGCUCGACUUUUUGCAAAAAUUAAGUCAACAUUUUCUAAUUACACUUUCGAUACGUUUCUUUGGACAGAUUCGCAAAUUGUUCUUCAUUGGCUUCAAAUGCACUCGAGUACACUUUCAACCUUUGUUGGGAAUAGAGUAUCGGAUAUUCAGGAUUUGACUGUGGAUGCUUGUUGGAGACAUGUGCCAACGAAAAUCAAUCCAGCAGACAUGGUUUCCAGAGGAAGCACACCAUUAGAACUCACAACUUCAGUUUGGUUUAAUGGUCCUGAGUUCCUAUACGAAGAUGAAAGAAAAUGGCCUAAUGGAAAAAGUAAUGACGUUGACAUGGAAAUUGUUAAUGCAGAAAUGCGUAAAUCAGUAUUUAACAUAAUUGUAAACAAUAAUUAUCUUCUUGAAGCGCAUGACAGGUACAGUACUCAUACUCGAGAAGUGCGGGUUGUCUCAUGGAUGCUACGUUUUUACACUAGACUUAAAAAAGAUAACACGAAAAUGGUGGAUGGACCACUUACUCCUGAUGAACUACAUCGCGCUUUGCUAUGCAUUGUUUGGAACGUUCAACAGCAGCAUUACGCUGCAGACAUUCGAUUGUUGCAACGAAAUAAAUUGACAAAUGGUAUACUACGAAAUUUGAAUCCGUUUUUGGAAACAACUCAAGAAUUUGAACUACUGAAGGUUGGAGGUAGACUUCAACUGGCCAAUCUUCCAGAAAGCCAGAAACAUCCUAUUUUACUACCAAGUAAAUGUGGAUUUGUUAUGCGAUAUGUUCGAUAUCUACAUAUUAAAAACUACCAUGCCGGACCUAAAGCGCUGGUGGCUUUAAUUCGUUUACAAUUCUGGAUCGUUAACGCUCGUGAUCUCACUAGACGUAUUGUCCGAUUAUGUAUUCAUUGUGUGCGCUACAAACCGAAAUUGCUUCAACAUAUGAUGGGUAAUCUUCCUGUUGAGCGAUUAACACCAACACGCCCAUUCUCUCGUUGCGGCGUCGAUUUCUGUGGACCUGUCAACAUCUAUCUUCGCGUCAGGGGCAAAAUACCCUAUAAAGCUUAUAUUGCCAUAUUUGUUUGCUUCGCGACAAAGGCUGUCCACAUCGAAGUCGUUUCUGACUUGUCUACGGAUGCAUUUUUGGCAUCACUCAAACGAAUGAUUGGAAGAAGAGGUCUUCCACCAGAUAUUUAUUCUGAUGAUGCAACUAAUUUCGUCGGAGCUUACAGCAAGCUUUCAGAACUGAAAGCCUUUCUUUUCAAGAAGGAAACUAAAGAUGUCAUCACAAAUUAUUGCGCUAAUCAAUUUAUUAAUUUUCAUUUUAUCCCUCCUAGGGCACCUCAUUUUGGUGGCAUUUGGGAGGCCGCAGUUAAAUCAGCCACAGGCAUCACUCAAACGAAUGAUUUGAAUCGUAGCGUUAUGAAUACCAAGUUAACAUACGAGGAACUCACUACAGCCUUAGUAGAAAUAGAAGCAGUUCUAAAUUCUUGGCCUCUAUCACCACUUUCGUCUGACCCUAGCGACUACGAAGCUUUGACUCCAGGUCAUUUCUUAACUGGUAGUGCGCUAAAGAGUCUUCCGGAGCGAGCAGUAGCUGACAACGUCAAUCAAGUCAACAGAUGGAAUCAAAUAACUGCCGUCAAACAAAUAUUUUGGAAACGUUGGUCACACGACUAUAUAAGCGAUCUGCAAGCGAGAACAAAGUGGAACACGCAAUGGUUCUUAUCCAUGGGGACAAUGUACCACCGCAACGAUGGCUAAUUGGUCGUGUCAUAGAUGCUAUCCCAGGAAAGGAUGCACGAGUCAGAGUGGUUAAUGUGCGAACCUCAAAGGGUAUAAUUCGUCGCCCAGUCCACAAGACUGCAGUUUUACCUGUUUGAAAGUCCUUUCAACGGGGCCGGAAUGUUGGGUCACCUAACGUUACACCCUAAUAAUUAUUAAGUUAUUUUAAGUUUAAUCACUCAUAUAUAAGAGCACAAACUCAAUUGUACUAACAAACUAAGGUAUUAUAAAUUGUACGUGCAUAAUGCUCCCACACAACUCAUUUGUAUAUACACACGUAUUCUUGUUUACAUAUGUUUGCAGCAACAUAACAGCGAGAGUUUUUGUCACUCCUUUUGUGUGACUCUUUCGCUUGUGCAUGCAUAUGGACAUCCAUCGAAAAUAUUAGCAUAAGUCUAAUCAUUGUACCUAAUUACAUUUUUUACAUUAAAUAAUUUAGUCUACGGCUGACCACCAAGGCGACAAGUUUGAUUUCCUCGUUCUUCUUUCAAUUUAAUUACAUAGCCCAAAUUCUCAUAUAAGUCAUUGUUGUUUCGUUGAACUAACGCGGUUGGGAAAAACUCUUCCUGAUCCUACAGUACCAAAAUAGUGAAGAAUUAUUUAUCAAAUAUCGGGUCUCUACUUUGGAGUCCUCAUAAAUUCAAUGCCAGAGCGUAUAAAAGCCGUUAUAAAAAGCAAAGGAGGUUUGACAAAAUACUAAAAAGAGUGCUUUUGUAUAAAUUAAUAUUUCCUUUAACUAAAACUCUAUAAUCAUUUCUCUAAUGUAAAUAAAAAAAAUUAGUCACUGUUUAUAUUGCUAGUUACCAAAAUGAUACAAUAUCUAAAAUGAAUAAAAAAUAAAUUUAUUAGUGCAA